CCAAUACAUAUCAUCUUUUUCCUCUUUCUACAUUCUGCAAACCUACCUGCAGACCCUUCAAUUUCCACAUUAACCUAAGCCUCUCCAUCCAAAUAACAAGCUUUGUUUCUCCUUCUCAUCUGGCUGUGAAUGCAGAAAAAAUAUGGCUGCCUUAGCAACUGCAGAAGCUUGUGAUACAAAUGCAGCGCUACUGGCAAGUGGUGAUUUGCGUGUUCUUCAACCUACUUUCCAGAUAUAUGGCCAGUGUCGUGCAUUCUCAGGCUCAAUUGUCACUCUUAAGGUUUUUGAGGACAAUGUAUUGGUUAGGGAGCUUCUCGAAAUCAGAGGUGAAGGUAGAGUUUUGGUUAUAGAUGGCGGAGGGAGCAUGAGAUGUGCUUUGGUUGGAGGGAAUUUGGGACAAUUGGCUCAAAAUAUGGGGUGGGCUGGUAUUGUACUAAAUGGCUGCAUUAGAGAUGUUGAUGAAAUCAAUGCAUGUGAUAUUGGGGUGAGAGCUUUGGCAUCUAAUCCCUUGAAAUCGAACAAAAAAGGCAUUGGUGAAAAGCAUGUCCCCGUAUACAUUGCAGGAACCUGGAUUCGUGAUGGGGAAUGGUUGUAUGCAGAUAGUGAUGGAAUCCUUGUCUCAAAAUCUGAGCUGUCCAUCUGAACCAUCAUUCAAGGAGUUGCAUGUCAAAUUACGACAUGAAUAAGAGGACUGAGUCAUGAAGUCAGUUGUGAUUUUCUAAAUUUAUUGGUUGUCUCUGGGACUGAGUUCUUAAGUGUAUUUAUUUUUGGAUGAAUAAACAUUUCUUCAAAAGUUCUGAAGUGUAUUAGACUUAAAAAUUUACAACAGAUAUUUUCUU